AUGGACUGCGAAAAGGAUAGUCAUUACAAAAAUACCUCCGGCGUUGAUGAGGACAGUCUCAAAUGCCCAAAGCAAAAUACCGGUCAAGAAGCCGGAAGCCAACAUACCCGGGCCGAGAAGUCGCCAAGUUCGGGAGAAGAGGGCUUACUCCCAUUGCCCAGCUAUCCCGCCGAGGCCGAGGCGCGGACCCGUGCCAUUGACAGAUACCUCGCUGCCGAGUCCCAGAAGAGCAAACGACAAUUAAAGAUCAUCCUUUUCGGCGACGAGCACGAGAUGUGCUUUUUCCUGAAGCAAGCCCGACUUUUUGAGAUCCCACUGUCCAGCGACGAACGCGCAGAUGUCCGGGUCGAGGCGAGGCGCUCUGUCGCGUCGAUAUGCCGGGAAUGCUUGCAUGUUAUCGAUGAAUAUGUUUGCAUACCAGAGUGGAUCAAGGCUCAUCCAGUCCUGGGCCGUGUCAAGGAGAUUCUUUCACGCGAACACGAAGAUGAAGAAACGGUUGAAAGCAUGGUGAGGCUGUAUUGCGGCGACGAACUGCGGUUCGCGCUUAAGCAGCUUGACCAUAAUCUUGAAGACAUCGAGCGUCGAUUCUUGAAUGCCCGCUUUCCGCAUUUCCUUACCUGCCCCUGCACUGCAAGUGGGAGUCUCAGUUCGCUUUUGAAUCGAGUCUUUGCGCCAGAGUACAUUCCUACCGAACAUGACUGGUUCCACUUUGACCAGCGCCGUUUGGGGAGAGUAGCCCAAGAGGCCCUCAUCCAUCGAGAAACUCACACGCUGCGACUUUUACAAAUCACGGAUCGGUCAACGCAAAGGCGAAAAUGGAUACACAUUUUGGUUGAUGACGCGGCCUGCCUUGUGUUCAUCUGUGACCUGGCCAUCUAUGACCAGAGUCUGCUAGAAGAUGAGACUAUAAACAGGCUUCGCGAGUACCUCAUUCUCUUUGACUCGCUGGUCAACUCAAAGUGGUUUACCCAGACGCCAUUCUUUGUCGUUUUGUCAAAUGUCUCGGCUUUUCGAAAAAAGAUUGUUCAUUCGCCGCUAUCGAAAUGGUUUCCUCAAUACGCGGGCGGCAGUGACGGAGAUGCAGCGCUCAAGUUUAUGGAAGACCAGUUCCGGGAACUUGCAAAAGCUGAACAAAAUUUAUACAUGGGUACUGCAGAUAUCCAUAGCGCAGAGGAUGUGAUGGUUGCUAUUGAGACUAUGGAAAAUACCUCACUGAGUAAGGUCUUGAAGAAGCUUGAUAUGCCUCCUGUUGAGUGUCACAACUAG